AUGGAUAUUUGUACUACUUCAGUCAUUGUACCCAAGAUUUUAGUGAAUUUUCUGUCACAGGACAAGAGCAUUUCCUACAUAGGUUGUGCUGCCCAGCUGUACUUCCUGAUUUUUCUAGCAGCUGCCAAGUGCUAUCUUCUUGUUGCCAUGGCCUAUGACCGUUACAUGGCCAUUUGCAAUCCCCUGAGACACACAAUUAUGAUGAACAGAAGGGUUUGUCUUUCCCUAGUGCUGCUGUCUUUCCUCACUGGUAAUGUUGUGUCAGUGGUGCAAACUGCUUGGCUAUUCAAAUUGCCAUUAUGUGGGUCUAACAAGAUUAACUAUUUCUUCUGCGAUACCUCACCACUUACACUUCUGUGCACUGAAAUAUCUCUGUAUGAAAUUCAGGGUACAACAACUGCAGUAUUGGUCAUUUUUACACCAUUUUCUCUCAUCCUCCUCUCCUACAUCUUCAUAAUCUCCAGGAUUUUGACCAUGCCCUCUGCAAAGGGGAGAUACAAGACCUUCUACACCUGUUCUUCCUAUCUCCUAGUGGUGAUGCUGUAGGAUGCUAAAAAAGUGCUGGCUUUAUCGUACACAACCAUAACUCCCAUGUUAAAUCCCAUUAUUUACAGCUUGAGAAAGAAGGAUAUGAAAAGGAUUUUAAGUACAAUGACAAGGAAGGUGAGGAAAAGGUAA